AUGAUUGGGCGCUCGGCUGCGCGCGGGGAGGAGCCGUCCCUGCGCGCGCCCCCACAGGCGAUCUGUGACAAAGGUGAGAUGAUGCUAAAGACAUGGUAUUUUUUCCAGCUGUGUUGGCUGUCCUUGAGGCUUGAGGCUAAUUCUGGUCUUAAAGUGAGGAUUACUCAGAAGGAGCUGAACUGUGGGAGGAGGAUUGGGAUGGAGCUCCUGAAACUAUCAGUAUUGAAAGAGACUUUCCCAAGCAGGAGUAGGCAGGAGAAUUUCUCAGUUGUUAAGGUCAACUAUGUCAUUUCAAGGCUCGGAAUUACUGCUGUAGAUUUCCCAGAAACUUCUGCUUCCUUUAUUCCUCGCACUAGCAUUUAUCUGUCAGUGGCACAGGCUUCUGCUACAAUCAGUGCAGACUGGAGAAUACACACAGGGCUACUCAAAGACAGAGCAGAAAUUGCUGUGUCCAUCUCAGGACUGUUUAUGGCAGUUUUCUUGGAAGUGUCAGAGGAUAGCACAGGCCACUAGUCCAUGUUGCUAUACAGUUGCCAGCUGAGCAUUGAUAGUGUAAAAGUCAAGUUGAUAUGUGCAGCAAACUUUCUAAUUACUCUGUGGGAAAGAGCACAGCUUCUAUGCCUAAAUAUCAAAUACAAAAUCCAAUUGAUGGAUGCACUGCUUAGAAAGCAUGAGGUUUUAAGCCAGAUUGAUGCCUUUGCACAAGUAGACUAUUCCCUACUUAGCCCUCCAGAAGUCUUCAAAUCACACAUUAACUUGGAUUUGAAGGACACAGUUUAUCCAGUAGGAGAUCACAUAGACCCUCCCUUUGUGCCAGCUCCAUUUGCUCUCCCAAACCAGGGUGAUUCCAUGAUAUAUCUGGGAGUCUCCAAUUAUCUUCUUAAGUCUGCUUCACUGGCUCACUACAGAGCAGCCUUUAACAUCACUAUCUCCAAAGAGCUUAAUAGUACUUUUCAUCUAAACACUUCCCUAUCCAGAUGUUUUGUUUCUGAGAUUGCUCAGAGUUGCGCAGCAGUGGACCCAGUGCUGCUAAGGCUGAUGGCUACAUCACCUCCUGAAGUCAGUUUAAAUGCAGACAGAUGUGUCCUACAGAUCACCAGCUGUGUAGAAGUGUUUGCUGUUCUGCCAAAUUCAGCCACCCAGUACAUCAUUGCAGGGAAUCUAACAGCCAGUACCAGAGCCAAUUUGACUAUAAGCAAACAGAAGUUGAUUAUCUCAUUACUUCUGAAGAGGUUCCAGUUCUCCCUGCUGCACCCCAGUCUUGGCUUCCCUGAUAAGUCGCUGGUGGAGAAUUUUCUGUCUUAUGCUUCACAGAGAAUAGUGAUUACAGUAAUCAGUGGUAAGGACUGUAGCCAGUUCCCAAGCACAGCUGGAGAGAAAGCAAGACUGAAGCCAUAAAAGGGAGUGCCCAGAUUUAAAGACGCAGGUCAUCUGGUUAUUUGCACUGAUGUUCACUAUCAACAGGAGGAUGAGCCUUCACAGCCAUUGCGGGUGUCCUUUACUUUUAAAGAACAAUAA